GAUAGCGUCCUUGACAUUUCAGUACAGAUAUCGCCACUUUGUCUUCCUGAACGUGUAUUGAACUCAGAGCCUGUUGCAAGCCAGUGUGCACGCGCUUACUAGCUGCCGUUUCCACAACCCAAGACUCUUCAAUUCAUGAAUAAUGACUUGUUGUAUUGAUCAAGACAGUCUGGGGCAAACAUUUCAAGACGCCAUUGACAUAUUGAUCCAACAAUCAACUGAAGGAAGUCAAUACUCCUCAGAAAAUAGAAAUUACAUGGCUAUCAUUAACCCUUAUCCUCACCUCAGAGGCAACGCUAACUACUAUGGAAUGUCACCCACAGAGAACCCCCUCUAUGACUGGAGAGGUGUAACAAAUGGUUCUGCAGACCUGUAUUUGGAAGGAGGCUUCCACCAAUCCGUACAGAACAUAGCUGAAAGCCAGCUGGUACAACCCCCCUUCUUCCAGCAAAAGGGAGGAAGAGGCAGGAGAAAGCUUCGGCUAUUUGAAUACCUUUUCGAAUCCCUGUGCAAUUCAGAGAUGGUGUCUUGUAUUCAGUGGGUUGACAAAACCAGAGGCAUCUUUCAGUUUAUAUCAAAAAACAAAGAAACACUCGCUGAACUCUGGGGGAAGAGAAAAGGCAACCGGAAACCCAUGACUUACCAGAAGAUGGCCAGAGCCCUGAGGAAUUAUGCCAGAACUGGAGAGAUCAUAAAAAUCCGGAGAAAGCUGACCUACCAGUUCAGCGAGGCUGUUCUCCAAAGACUUGCUCCAGCUAACUACCUGGGAAAAGACCUCUUCUACCCUCAGUAUGGCCAGCCUGAUCAGGGCUACCUCAGUUUAAACCACUGGAAUGCAAAUCACUAUGCUCACGCCAGUUACCAGAGCUGACCCCAGCUUCUUGCCUCGCUAGUGUCUGUCAGAAAAGCCAAGCUUUAGAAUGUCUCCAAAGCAUUUUUCAGAUUCCACACCAAGAAGGAAACAAAACAAAACAAAAUAUUCAGAAAGACACAGAACAUGUUUGAAUUUUUCUUGUUCUGAUAAUCUUCCAGGCAGUGUUUACAUAUUGGUGUUAAAAGAAACCUAGAUGUUUCAGAAGGGUGCUUACAAUUCCUGCAGACACGUUGCUAUUUCUAAUGAACAGGCUUAGUGUCCAUGGAUUGGGUAUCCAAGAACAUCCUGGAGCCAGAAUGUCUUCAGAAAAAUGUGGGGGAGACCAGCACAGGGCCACUUAGUAAUUUUUAUAAAUUGAAAUAAACAAUUGCAUUUGAAACAACUGAAA